AUGGCAGGCUAUGACGAGGCACAACUUCGCAGGUUUGCCCUGCGAGCAAAGAGAAACGAGCAGUCUACGUUGGGAUUCAUACUCGCCCUGGUCUUUGUUGGUCUGCUCUACACAGUCUUCCACCAGAUUAGGCAGUCUAAUCACUGGAUGAGGCGGCGAAAGGGAGGCAUCAAGCUGCCAUCACCGUUGGCAGCCACAUCCAGAUAUAUCAGGAAACUGUUUUUGAAGCGUGUAGUGGGACUACCAUCUCUUGGUCAUGCAGGUGUAACAACAAUAUUCGUUGCACUCAAUCUCGUCGGCUUGUUCGCCAACUUGGGUGAGAGUGCAAGCAUGAUGAGCAAUAUUGCUUCACGAUCCGGUUGGUGCGUAUCCCCAACACUCAUUGAAACAGUUCAAAAACCUAAUCAUAUCCUACCUAGGCUGGCCAUUGCGAAUCUUGUCUUUGUCAUCUUUUUUGCCCUCAAAAACACCCCCCUUGCCUUCUUGACUGCGUGGUCGUACGAACGUCUAAACUGCCUUCACAGAAUCGCCGGCUAUACGGCGGUGUCUCAUGUCAUCAUUCAUACGUCUUGUUACUCUUACUACUUUUGUAGCAUGAACAGGUGCAGUCGCUUACUGGAAACGUCCGACAUAUUUGGCAUUGUCGCUGGCUCAUGCUGGGCUUUGUUGGCUCUGGCUGCCAUCUUCAUUCGCCGCUGGUGGUACGAACUAUUCUAUUAUAUCCAUGUAACCCUUUGGAUCGUGUCAAUUGUUUCGAUUGGGCUUCACCAAUCUAAAUUCACCACCAAGAUCGUCAUUGGUACUGUAGUUGCUGGUUCCAUGUGGGGAUUAGAUCGUCUCAUUCGAUUUGUUCGUCUCAUGAUCAACAGCACCAACAACACGGCAACGCUUACGCCACUGCCAAACGGUGGUACUCGAGUUACAUUAGCCAAACCUCCUAUGGGUGCUAUUUCUGGAAAACAUUGUUUCUUGUGGAUUCCUCGCAUUCGACUCUUCGAAACCCAUCCCUUCACGAUUGCUUCCGCCGACCCACUCGAGUUUGUUGUUGUAUCUCAUAACGGCUUUACGGGUGACUUACACAAAUACGCCAUUGACCAUCCUGGACAACCACUCAAGGCGUCCAUUGAAGGACCGUACGGCACCGUUCCCGAUCCUUCUGCUUUUGAAACUGUCGUCCUGGUGGCUGGUGGUAGUGGAGCUAGCUUUACCUUUGGUUUGGCUCAUGCGCUGCUGGGACGAGUCACGAGCAGCACGACAAGACGUGUUGUCUUUGUAUGGGUAGUCAAGUACAACUCUUAUUUGAAAUGGUUUGCGGAACAUCUCAUCACUCUGAAAAAUGACCCUCGGUUUACAAUCCGAGUCUUCAUCACUCGGUCGGAACCACCCCUGCCCCCUUCUUCCAGUGCUGGCUCCGAGUGCUCAACAUCAAAAUGUAUUGAGCAUGUCAGUAUCAGAGAAGAGACUCUCGAGAAGGAUGCAAUUCGUCGAGUUCGUCCAUCACCAUCAGAGUCGUCUAUUGACUUGGAAAAGUCUCCGCCGUCAUCUGAUACGGAGGCUGUGUCUGCUGAAGCAACGUGGCGCCCAGUAGACUUCCACGGCAUACCUAUCACAUACAAAAGACCUGACGUGGUCACGUUGAUUCGUGAAGCAGUCAAUGACACCCCUUCAGACGACCGGGUUCUCAUUUCUGGAUGCGGCCCGGCUAAACUCAUGCAUAUAAUAAGAGAAACCACAGCGAGCUGCAUCAGGUCGGAUGGUCCUAGUAUUGAGCUGCAUUGUGAACAAUUUGGAUGGUGA